AUGCUGGACAAAAUCUCUCCAAUCUCAACAACACAUGAAUUAAAGAAAAUGUUUUCAGCUGUGAAGGUUUUCAUCCUAUGCUUAUGUAUAAUUCUAGUCGGAUGCGUAACGCCACUCCAUGCUUUAGUUCGUCACUCCAAGUUUGAAAUAAUAAAGUCUUCACACACAAGGCUAUGCAGCAGCAAGAGCAUGCUAACGGUAAACGGACAAUCCCCGGGGCCAACUAUAUAUGCUACAAGGGGAGAUUUGGUCAUAAUCGAUGUUGUUAAUCGUGCUGAUCAAAAUAUAACCAUUCACUGGCAUGGAGUAAAGAUGAAGAGAUAUCCAUGGUCAGAUGGCCCCAACUUUGUGACGCAGUGCCCGAUUCGUCCCGGCCAAAGCUUUAGACAGCGGAUGAUCCUCUCCGACGAAGAAGGCACUUUGUGGUGGCACGCCCACAGCGACUGGUCUCGGAAUACUGUGUAUGGCGCCAUCCUCAUUCUACCGCCCACGUCUCACUCUUUUCCUUUUCCAAACCCUCAUGCUCAUAUUCCCAUCUUAAUAGGAGAGUGGUGGAAAGGUGAUGUGCAACAAAUGAUGGAGGAAUUUCUGAGCAAUGGAGAUGAUCCCCGACCUUCGGAUGCUUUCCUCAUCAAUGGUCAACCUGGAGAUUUGUAUUCAUGCUCAACACCAGCUGGAUUCAAUUUAGAUACAUACAAGUUGAGUGUGGAGUUUGGCAAGACUUACCUGAUCAGAUUGGUAAAUGCGGUGAUGGACACCAUCAUGUUCUUCAAAAUCGCCGGCCACAACUUCACCGUCGUCGGCACCGACGCCACCUACACGAAGCCGCUGACGACCGAUUACGUCGCGAUUUCCCCUGGCCAGACCAUCGAUCUACUGCUGGAAGCCAACCAGCCGCCCAGCCACUACUACAUGGCCGCCAGAGUCUACGCCAGCGGUGGAGUCUUCGUGACAACCCCCGCCACCGCAAUCAUCGAGUACGGCGGAAACGACUACACGGCGCCGCCAUUUCCUCUGCUCCCAUCCUUCCCGGAAGUCAACAACUCGGCGGCAUCGAUCAAUUUCACGAAGCGGCUGAGAAGCCUAGCCGACGCUGUCGAGGUUCCUAAGAACAUCACAAAGAAGCUAUUCUACACGCUGUCGAUGAACCGACGGCUCUGCCGCGAGAGCAGGUGCGUGAGGGAGACGAGGCUGGUGUCCAGCAUCAACAACGUGUCCAUGAUACUACCGGAAACCACCAACAUUCUCGAGGCUUACUACAAAGGAGGAAACAACGGAGUUUACACCACUGAUUUCCCCGAUUUUCCGCCUUCUUCUUUCAACUACACAGUAGAUCUAAUGGCCAAGGAGCGGUCGGCGACGCGAUACGCCACGGCGGUCAGUGUUCUCGAAUACAACUCGACGGUAGAGGUGGUGUUUCAAGCGACCAACAUCGCCGGAGGGGUUGAGCAUCCGAUGCAUUUACACGGAUACAGCUUCUACGUCGUCGGAUCCGGGUUAGGAAACUUCGACGGAAGCAGGGAUCCGCCCAAUUAUAAUCUACUGGAUCCGCCGUUGAUGGAGAACAUCGCCGUGCCCAGAAAUGGAUGGACCGCUAUCAGAUUUAGGGCUAACAAUCCAGGAGUAUGGCUGAUGCACUGCCAUUUUGAGCGUCAUAUGAGCUGGGGAAUGAAGAUGGUGUUCAUCGUGAAAGACGGCCAACGCCCCAAUGAGAAGAUGUUGCCGCCGCCGCCGGAUAUGCCGCGCUGCUGAAAAACUUUGUUCCCAUAGGAUGUCAAAGCUAUGCAUGAUUAAUUGAGAUAUUUCGAAGAAUGCAGAAAGUGAUAGUAUAUUAUUGCUGAGUUGCGACAAUUCUUAAAGACACAAGUUGCGUGCAAACCUGAACGUUCUUGACCGAGAAAAGAAAUGAUCGUUGGUCACAAAUUUUAAUUGAAUAUGUUGUGAUGAUGCA